AUGGCUUCUACGACCACCAUAAACACCUGGCUGGAAGAGCUUUUGCUCUCUUUCGGUUCACCAUCUGCAACAACCGACGUACCUAGAAACAAAGACAGUUUCAUCCGCACCGUCAAGCACCACAGCUAUGGCCGGACCAACCAGUUUGCCGUCGAUGAAAAGCUUACCGGACUGGAAGAAAAACUCCAAGUCUACAACCUCGACGACGUGGCCGCGGAGCUUUUCUCGCGACGUGCGGAGCUAAAGAGAGACCACGAUGACAAAAAGUGGUUGCCCGAUGUUCUGGAUUUUCUCCUUCAUCUUUCUCAUGACCCGGUACAACAUAGCCGGAUUGAGAAUCUAGAGAAGUUGAAACCACGAACAGAGACCCCUCCCAUCCUGACAUGGGAGGAGAUCGAUGCGGACGAUCCCAUCGACCGCCAGGAUGAGAUAUGGAGGCUUCCGAAGUAUUCUGAUUCCAGCUCUGACGAGGACGAAUUUGUCACUAUAACUACACCGCCCUCGCCAAUCGCUGUGAAGCAUCAUCUUAGGAAGGAAAAGAACGUCGAGAGGCUGUUUGAAACGCCGGUGGCGCAAGAGUCAGCGAUGCUAGAAGCAGUACAAUUCUGGCAUAGACCGGGACCUUUUGUUCCGGUCACAGAGACUCAAGCGAUAAGGGAGGUACUGUUUAUGCUCACAGGAAUGCCAACCUCCAUCUUCACCAUUACCAACCAUGGCGUCCGUCCCAAUGCGCGAUACUGCCUGGCCCAUCUGGGGCGGACAACCUCGGGGUCCUUGCUGGAGGAGGCAGCUCGACUGGGUGCAAAGAUUAAUUUCGUUCGCCAGUGGUUGCGAAUCCCCCAGAAUCCGGCCGUCAUGCAAUUCAUUCAAAGCGCAAUCAGUGAUAUCAUGACGAGUUUUGAAAUGAUCAUAUCCGAACAACACGCCACUAUCUUACGCCGAUCUUCGCCAACGGGUGUGGUCAGCCUGCUUCAAACACUGCAGAUGAUUGAGAGAGCAAGCAAUUCAUUAAAGGCUGUCAGCGCCAUCGUGCCCGAUUUCGUAUCGAAUGACCAUAUCUGCGCUCUGAACACCAUCUACAGCCAUUUGGACACAGCGUACAGUUGCUCGAACUCUGUCGAGGUGGAGACUUUCCUCCCGAUUUUCCUCUCUGCCCUGACUCUAUAUUCGAAACCUAUAGACGCAUGGUUGGUCACCGGCAGGAUCGAGUCCACGGAACCAUUUUUUGUAUUUGAGAACGACAGCAAGACACGAGUGGCGAGCACUUUGUGGCAUGAUUGGUUUACCCUGGCUGCCGCAAAAGACAACCUGAUCCCAAUAUUCCUGGAGAAAUUUGCCGAAAAGAUCUUCACAAUUGGCAAAACUGCUGCCUUUCUGCACCAUCUUGGACAAGCCACCCCAGAUAGCUGUAACAGGGAUCUCGGAAUCGCAGCCGCGGCUAUGGAGACAGCCCAUCUGAUACUGAGCUCUCCAUUACCCUUCUCCGCGACAUUUGAAAUGAUCCUGAAUCGACAUCUCUCCGCUCUACUCGACACCUCCACGACUGCUCUUAGGCAGAUUCUGGAGACCAGCUGCGGCCUGACAAGAUUCCUCGACGCACUCGACUAUCUCUAUCUUGCCAAAGAGGGUGUCCUCCUUGAUGGUAUUGAAAGCAAGAUGUUCGACCGGAUAGAUCGCUGCUUGGAGAUGUGGAACGACCGUUUCCUGCUUUCUGAUCUCCUAGCUGAAGCGUUCCAGGACUCUGAAUGUGUGGAUGUCGAUGCAAUCACCGUCCAAGCCCAGUACACCUCUUCUCGGAGCAUGGAAAAUCGACGCCGCUCCGUCAAGAUCCUGGCUGCCGUAUCCAUCUCUUACCACGUCAGUUGGCCAAUUGCAAAUAUCAUCCUCCCCAACGCCAUGACGUCCUAUCAACGUGUUGCUCUAAUACUGAAUCAAGUCCGCCGGGCGAGGUCCUUGCUCGAGAGCCGAGCGUACUUCUUCGUUCAACAUAUGCCUUUACCCUUUGACAGCCUCGACGAACAAAGGCUUGCACGACUGAUAUAUUGGCAGCUGUCCCAUUUUGCGAACACCCUCUAUAGCCAUCUGACAAGCUGCACGGUCCAGACCUUUACAAGAAGUAUGCGCGAACUGUUGCAUAGCUCCUCAACCAGAAGCCUUGACGACAUGAUAGCAAUUCAUACCCACUACGUCGAAGCGUUGGAGCAUGCAUGUCUCAGCAGCAGACGAAUCAAACCUUUACGCGAUGCACUCGUUACAAUUCUCGACCUAUCCAUUCGAUUCACGGAUCUCGUAACCUCGCCUUCAACUCAUCUCGAUGUGCGGCCGACAUCCGCAGAUGCGCAUGGAGAUUUCGAGGCGAGCAGUUUCAUCUCGGCGCGCAGCCAGAGAAGACGCCGAGGUAGGAGACAAGGUGCCGAUGAUUCCUCUUCAGAGGACGAUGACACGAGCAUGGGAGAGGGAUAUUCCACAUUCAUCCUCGAGCAAGACACCUCGCUCAUCCAGGAGAUCAUCAAAGUGAGAGACAUCUUCCGGAAACACGCCAAGUUCUUGAUCGCCGGUUUGAGAGCCGUGGCGAGAAGUUCAAGUUCAAGGUCAGCACAGGGACAGGUACAGGUACGGCAAGGAUGGGAGGUGGGCGAGAAUUUUGAGCUGUUGGCCGACUCUCUAGAAGGAGUCUUCCCUCUGAACAAAAGGGCUGCCUUUUGA